AUGUUCCGCUCCGUACCCCGGGCUUUGCCCCGAGCAAGCCUCCGCGCCUGCGCGGUCCCUUCUGCUCUCCCUUCCCACAUUAUUACUCCUUCUAUGCUCUUCAUUGGCCGCUCAAAACGUGGUUAUGCCUCUGAUGCUGGUGAUCACGAUGUUGUUAUCAUUGGUGGUGGUGUCGCUGGUUACGUCGCCGCUAUCAAGGCUGGUCAGGAAGGUUUGAAGACUGCCUGUAUCGAGAAGCGUGGAACCCUCGGCGGUACCUGCUUGAACGUCGGAUGUAUCCCUUCCAAGUCUCUGCUCAACAACUCCCACCUUUACCACCAGGUCCUCCAUGACACCAAGAAGCGCGGUAUCGAGGUCGGCGAGGUCAAGCUCAACCUGGCCCAGAUGCUCAAGGCCAAGGACACUUCCGUUGAUGGUCUCACCAAGGGUAUUGAGUACCUCUUGAAGAAGAACAACGUUGAUUACAUUAAGGGUUCUGGUUCGUUCGUCGAUGCCAACACUGUCAAGGUUGACCUGCUCGACGGUGGUGAGCAGACUGUCCGCGGAAAGAACAUUAUUAUUGCCACUGGCUCCGAGGCCACUCCCUUCCCCGGUUUGAACAUCGAUGAGAAGCGCAUCAUCUCCAGUACUGGUGCCCUUUCUCUCCAGGAGGUUCCUAAGAAGAUGGUUGUCAUUGGUGGUGGUAUUAUCGGUCUUGAGAUGGCUUCCGUCUGGUCCCGUCUCGGUGCUGAGGUUACCGUUGUUGAAUUCCUGGGCCAGAUCGGUGGACCCGGUAUGGAUGCUGAGAUCGCCAAGCAGGCACAAAAGAUCCUGGCCAAGCAGGGCAUCAAGUUCAAGACCGGCACCAAGGUUCUGAAGGGUGAUGACAGUGGUGCUACCAUCACCCUCGAUGUCGAGGCUGCUAAGGGUGGAAAGGAGGAGACUCUGGAGGCAGACGUUGUGCUGGUCGCUAUCGGCCGCCGCCCUUACACCGAGGGUCUGGGUCUGGAGAACAUUGGUAUUGACAAGGACGACCGCGGCCGUCUGGUCAUCGACCAGGAGUACCGCACUAAGGAGUCCCACAUCCGCGUGAUCGGUGAUGUGACAUUCGGUCCCAUGCUGGCCCACAAGGCCGAGGAGGAGGCUGUUGCCGCCAUUGAGUACAUCCAGAAGGGUCACGGCCACGUCAACUACGCUUGCAUCCCCAGUGUGAUGUACACCCACCCCGAGGUUGCCUGGGUUGGCCAGACCGAGGCUGAGAUCAAGGCCGCCGGUACCAAGUACAACGUCGGCAGCUUCCCCUUCAGCGCCAACUCUCGUGCCAAGACCAACCUUGACUCCGAGGGUAUUGUCAAGUUCAUCGCCGAUGCCGAGACUGACCGCAUCCUCGGUGUCCACAUUAUCGGCCCCGGUGCCGGUGAGAUGAUCGCCGAGGCCACCCUGGCUAUUGAGUACGGUGCCUCUAGUGAGGACGUUGCCCGGACAUGCCACGCCCACCCCACUCUCUCCGAGGCCUUCAAGGAGGCUGCCAUGGCCACCUACUCCAAGGCCAUCCACUUCUAG